AUGUUGCACAGUCGCGCGCAUACCCGCACGCCGUCGGCAGACGAGGGUCGACAUCGCCAACAACCCCCGAUGAUAAUCCCGCCGUCCCCAACCUUAUCGAACCCGGACAUGAUCCUCCCCUUUGACCAAACCGAGCGCGAGUCGCAGACCCCCUCUCCGCCCUUCAACCUUCCCUCCCUGUCCCACCUCCAGGCCUUCUACGAGAACCGAGCCGCCCCAAUCGAUUACGGCGCAGACGCCGGCAGUGCCGCCUCAGCCGGAGCGGGCCCCUACACAGUCACCAGGGCGCAGACGAAGGGGUUCCCGCGUCAUACGUGGGUGCAUGACAGUCAUGAUCCCGCCAAUCGCCGCUUGUCGGCCAUCGGCGAGGAGGACCUCUCGUCCCCCACACGUGUCGGGGGUUUCGGCGGAAACGUGCAAGGCGGGUCGCAAGGACGCUGGCUCGCGGUCUCGCCUCUGUCGCAGCCUGGUGCGGAGGAGAGCGAGAACAAGGAUGCCGGCACGUGGAGUAGCUCGUCUAGCUCGACGGUCAGCGCUGCUAGCGAGACCUCUUCCCAUGAGGGGAGCCGGUCUCGCCAGAACGGACAGGCGGCUCCGCAGGAGAAUCGGAGCCUGGAACAUCGCCAGAUUCACGAGGCUGUCCGUGCUAUCAAAGAGGGGGCCAAGGGAGGAGGGGUGUCGGAUCCAAAGGCCGUCUCAACUACGCAAGAAGGCGGCGGGGCAGACGAGCUGUCGUCGGUGAUAUUGAGCAGUGAGGCCGAGAGGAUUCUCGAAAACGCGAAGAAAAGACUCACGCUUAUGGAGGGUAACCUCACCCGGGCUCGUACAUCGGUGCGAGUGUCCCCCUCGCCCUCGCCCAGUCCGUCCGGAAGCGGCCCGUCUAUGGGCCUUGGCCAGCCGGUUGGUGGGCUAUACCGGUCGAUAUCUCGCACAGAUCGCCGGUCGUCGACGAUGCGGCCGCGCGCAACGUACUCGUCGCAGGACCAGCCGAGCAACCGACAUUCCCGCGUGUACAGCGAAACGUAUGUGCCGUCCGCGGCUCAUCCCAGCAUUUCUACCGCGGAGCCGGACCCGUCCCGGUCCAUGAGCGCCAUGGGCUCGAGCCGGUCGUCGGACUAUAACCACGACGACCGAUCCUUCCAUUACGCACCCACUCGAUCCUACCUCACCCACCGGGCAUCGGUGUCGUCCAUCCGACCCCCGAUCAUAUCCCGUUCUUCGGAUGAGCACUCGUCCACCGGUGCGGGGCAGGACCUCGGCAUUGAUCAGGAUGGGCAGCAGAUCUCCAACCUGGAAGACUUCAACUCGAUCUACCCGUCGCAAGACCCCCCUUCGCGCUCUCAAUCGCAGCUCCAGGUACGCGACCUCCAGGACCAGAUGAAGGGCCUGCACAUCAAGAUCUCCAGUCUGAAGGUGAAAGCGCAGGGGGAUAGUCUCCGCCGACGCAGUCUGCAGCUCCUGCGCACCCCGAGUCCUCUCACCGCCGCUAACCACGCCAACCAAUGGCAGUCUAAUGACGUGGAGUACAAAAGCGGCCCCGGUGAGGCCCGGCCCGAUGCGGAGUACAAGCACCCGGCGGGCGGCGUCCCAGGGGAUCGUAGCAGCGAUGAGCUGGACGUGGCCGCUCGAAAACACGAGACAGACGGUAGUCGCAAAGCAAAGGAACCGUCCCCGCCACGCGCGGCGACCCAUCCCGAGCCGCCGGCGUACGAGUCGGCAGACAACGACGACGCGCAGUCCGUCAUCGAGAGCCUCUACGAAGACGCCGAAGACUACAAUUCGGACGGCUCAUCAGACACCGAGAUCGACCGGGACGAGCUGAACGAGAUCCUGAACGAGCCGUUGGACGACGACCUGGCCGACCCCCUGGAGGCGUUCCCUGCAGUCCCCCAGCAUCCCGACUUUCUGUCCCACGAAGACCGCGAGGACGCCUUUGACUACGAGCACUUUAUCCUGCACAGCGCGCUGGGCAACUACACGCAGGCGCGCCGGCGGCAGCAGAGCAAUGCGUCCUACUCGUCCGUGGAAACCACGCGGCCGCUCCAAGGCCGCCGUUCAAUGGGCCACUCACGCGCAAACAGCGCGACGUCGCUGUCGACCGUCGCCACCUUCGCGACAGCCACCGAGGGAGCCGACGCGGACUUCGAGGGCGUGCUUUACUGGGACCGGAGAUUCAACGAUGAAAUGCGCAACCACGACCACUUCUCCGACUCCGACCCAGAAGACCCCAACCGCGACGACCAAGGCACCCCCCGCGCAGUCCGCAAGCGCCCCAGCCACCUCAGCUCAAAAAGCAGCAGCACAAAGCUGGACGACAAGAUCCCAGAAGAACCUCCCCAACGAUCCGACUCCGCCACAACAGGCUCCGCAACGCCCACCUCGCUCGUCUCCUCGCUCGUGUCCACCGUGCGCGCCGCAUCUAGCCAGCACCCGGACUCCCCCACCGCGGGCAUCACCAACGACGACGAGCGGCUCCUAGAGCAGCUGUUCCAGAGCCUCGGCGAUGUCUGUAUGGAAUUGCAGGCGCUGACGGGUGCGGGUGCGGAGCAGUCGGAUCCGAGACAUGUGAGGCAGCUGAGGCAGCGGUUGAAGAAUGCGAGGCGGGUUCUUGACGGGGAGUUGGAUACGUAG